GUGCCGCAGGUUUAACAUGUCGCUGUGUCUGCGUCAUUGUGGACGUGCUGAGCUGCACUGUGUGACUAGCAGCUAUUCCUGAAGAUCCCACGUGUGCAUGGAGAAGCAUCUGCUGAGUCCCCGAGCCUCACAGCAACGAUGCAAAAGCAGAAGUCAGGCUGGUGAGAGCGAAACGCUCACAGCAGCUCAGUGCAGCAGCUGCAGCCGCCUGCUGCCUGACAUCAUCACGACACAGGAAGAACUCUGGGAGGACUACAAAUAUGGCCGCGAUGACCUGGGCAACAAGAAUUUCUGCACCUGGAAGUGCAUCCUGUUCACGCUGCAGUGGCCGGGAGCGUUCUGUCAGUCUCUGAACAAUGCGAGUCUCUGCAGGAUUCCUCCGACCAUCAACAACUGGACCAUCCACGGCCUCUGGCCUCUCCAGCCGGGGAACCGCUGCGACUGCUGGCCGAUGUUUCAAUCUGACGUCCAGGAGGUGGAGGCGGAGCUGACUGAACUCUGGCCGUCAUUCGUGAGAUUCAAGUCCAACUUCCACUUCUGGAGGGAAGAGUGGAGGAAACACGGAGCGUGUGCGGGAUGCGUUGAAGGACUGAACUCUCCCCUGAGAUACUUCCAGAUCUGCGUGAAACUGCGAGGACAGUUCGACAUCCACAGAUUGCUGGAGGACGCCGGCAUCACUCCGUCCUGUGAGCGACCCUACAAGGUUGAAGAAGUGCAAAAUGUCCUUGCUCCACAUCUGGGUGACAAAAUGGAGAUCCAGUGUGUCACAGAUGACAAGGACAGAGAGCUGUGGUAUCAGCUGAAGAUCCGUCUGAAUCGUAACCUCACCGUCGGCUGCAAUCAUCACCUCGAUGCUGGUGCAGUCGCACCUGGCUCCAAGCCAAUACCCUCCCCGGGGCACCCCUGCCCUCAUCAGGUCCCCUUCUACUACUUCCCCAUUAACCACAAGCAGCCACAGCGGCCCUGUGACUAACACCGCCACCACCACCACAUCAUCAUCAUCAUCAUCAUCUCCAGCUCUGCUUUAUCCCAGACUACCACAAGAAACGUGUUUAAAGAGCUUAAAUGUAGAAAAAUGCUGAUUUGAAUCAAUAAACAUUUGCUUCACA